GGGUAAAUAUGGCGCGAAACAAGUGCCAKAACGUUUUUCAAGAUUUUUAGCAUUUUUACCUACCUAGAUUUCUUUAUUGGACAGAUUCAACUGAAAUGACCAUUUGUAGAAUUAGUUAACUCCCGCAAUGGUUACUUUUCGUUGAUGUUUGUAUUAUUCUAGAGAUUUUUACGAUAUUCUCCCGAAGUUGAACGUUCCUAAAUGAACUCCUAUUAAGAUGGAUUAUCCAAAGCCUCUUAAACUGAUUCAAGAUGGAAAAACAGAUAAUUUUAUUCACUUACUUAAUUCUUCAGAAGAUAUACCAAGUUUUAKUAACUUAAGACACAAGAAAUCGGGAGAUAACGCCGCCAUUGUAGCUGCAAGAUUUGGGAGAUUGGAAAUUUUAAAAMAUUUGAACAGGAAUGGAAUGGACUUUGAACAGAGGAACGAUGAUGGCAAAAGAGCUUUACAUGAAGCUUCUUAUGGAAGUCAUUUGGAUUGUGUUAAGUUCUUGAUAAACAUUGGGGUAGAAAUAGAUUGUUUGAAGAGGGCUGAUUGGACACCUUUAUUGCUGGCAUGUACAAAACCAGAUCUGUGUAUUAUUGAUGCUCUGGUCAAAGCAGGAGCAAGCUUGGUUCAGUGCAAUAAAGAUGGAUGGGACUGUUUUCAUGUGGCCGCCAGGGAAGGUCAUGUCGAAAUACUGGAAUAUUUAUUGGACAAUUUAAAGAAGUCUGGUGUAUGGUCAAACAAGAGGAAAAGCAAGAAUGGAAGGACACCAUUGCAUACAGCUGCGCUUCAUGGAAAAGUUAAUGCAGUCAAAUUUAUUGUUGAAAACUGUGAAUACACACCGGAUACUCCUGAUUCCUGUGGAGCAACACCAUUAAUGGAUGCUCUUCGCAGUGGUCAUGUUGAUGUUGCUGAUUUCUUGGUCAAGAAGCAUGAGGCUUCUGUAUAUCAAUAUGACAAGCUUGGCUAUCAGCCUAUUCAUCUUGCAGCACAAACGGGUUGUAUUGCAUCACUGAGUUAUCUUAUAGAUAAACAWWCAGUGGAUCCCAAGAGUAGAUCACGUGGAAGUGAAAUGACACCGUUGCAUUUUACAGCAAAGGAAGGGCAUUUGCAUGUGAUAAAUUAUCUUUCCAAGUUAGGUAUUGAUGUUGAUGCCCAAGAUGUUAAAGGAAGAACAGCACUUCAUUUAUCAUCUGCUGCUGGGUAUGAUGAUUGYGUUACAAGCCUAUUGCGUGACCACAAUGCCAAUCCAUCAAUACGGGACAUCAAUGGAAUGACUGCCUUGGACUUCGCUAUCAAACCAUCAGUGAGAAGUAUUUUAGGAAAAUGUUAGAGUUGAGGUAGAUUGUCAGUAAUGUAGCUUAUGUURCAAUAAAAAAUGUUGCAAAACAAUUUAUAUUCCUAAAUGUACGAUAAAUUGAUGGUAAGAACUGCCGUGAAUAAAUGUGUCAGGAAUAAUAAUCGUCGCAGUGAAAUAUAAUAAUCUAAGCGAAUAUUCAAUUAGAUCGCUCGAAAGAAAAAUCGGAAUUCAUGGGGAAUCGAACCCAUGACCUUUGCAACGCCGGUUCAGUGCUUUUCCAACUGAACUACGAAGCCAGGCGAAACGUCUAAAAGAUCACAGACAGCAUAAUUGUGCCUUCAGAAGUCAUAGCUUUUCUAAUAAAAGUCAACUACAUUGCCGAGCCGACCCAUCCAUGGUCAGUGGUUCGAUUCCCGYUGAAGCCCUAAUUUUUUUCAGGCGAUGCAUUUAUUCAUAAUCACUUGCUAGAUUAUUACAAUUUCACAGCGACGAUAAUUAUUCCUUACAAACAUAGGUGUACGUCGUCUUUGGUGGUUGCUGUCCAUUAAAGGAUUGUUACUUUUCAAGUAUUUUACAGUAUUGCACUCGGAAACUAAUUGUUGUSAAAUCUGAACUGGAACGCGCAUUCUUCUCUCUUUUUCUCUGUUUAUUUUUAUUACCGUUACUUGUUGUAGUUGUUGUUGUAGUUGUUGUUGUUGUUGUUGUUGUUGUUGUAGAUUUUAUUGUGCGGCAUAAUAUUCUUCAAUAUUUCAGGGAUCGUUUUAUUCCAACUAAAAGGGGAAAAAUGCUAAUGCGAGCCUCUGACUGCAUUUUGGUGAAAARUCGAUUCAAUUAUCUCAAAAUGUUAUUAUUUAAAAAGUCAGCUAGAAACCGGAAAGUUGCAUUUCCGAGUAAUUAUGUUUCUCUUAUAGAUGUUACCUGGUAAUAUUGUGCAGGAACUCAUUAUCUUGGGGUAUGCCUUACCUCCAACAAUGUGUCUACCAUUAUUAGAAGUGCUUUGGACUAAUUGAAAUUUUGUAUGUGAAUUUGCUUAGACGUGCGUGCGUUAAUUUUAUUGGUGUUCCAAAACGCUCCUUUAUCUCUAAGGAACUUUUCAAAAUGAGUGAGAACUGGAUUUUUUUUUCUUUGCAUAAAAGAAUGUUAAAAGAGGCUAAAAUCUGGUUCCAGAAAUGUGUAGCAUUCCAGCGUUUUUCUAGAUUUUACAAGUAGUAGCAAUAAAUCCAGAGAAUUUCGCUUUAAAAUUAAUAUUUGUUUCUUUCAAAUCUAAUCCAUUGUUUUAUGUAACGCCGAAAACUUCACUCGCUAAUUGGGAAAGUCACCUGCAUUAUUACCUUAGUUGAAGAUUUAACACAUCUCUGCGAGAUUUSGGUCUAAUUUAAGUCGGCGUGCGCUAUAAAAGUACCAAACCAAACAUUCGCUGUUAUUUCCGUGACCACUUCGUCUUUACAAUCUGCGCAGUUCAAGAUGAAGCUGGAGAUGGUGAUGGUCUUUCUUGUCAUGUCGUUAAUGUUUGAAGUCCAGGCUCGUUCUGUGUUUAUUGGAAGUAGCCAAUCAGGAUACUUGGAUGAUGUUGGGAGAUUUCCUAUGAAAAGAAACAAUUGGAAACAAUGCUAUGUUUGCUGCUACCGUUCAACCUCGUGCAAGCAGAUGGUUCGCAAGCAGUGUAAUUGUUACUUCUAAUCUUAUAUGGUAUACUAAGGAAAUUAUUAAAGAUGGUUUGAUUGUCGA